UCGUUUUCUUUAUUAAUUUAACGGUACAGUUGUCCAUCCAUGGCUGUUCUGUUCGAGCUGUUCCUCAAUGUGUGUCUCAGCAAGAGUUGGGUUUUGAGCUCGCUAAUCCUUGCAAGCGAGUUGCUUUUUCAUCUGUUUAACCCUAAAGUUGUUGGGAAAGCUAAGCUCUAAGCAUGGACAUUCAGUCAAGUACUACUACUUGCCGAGACCCGUUCAAUGAAUCAUCAUUCAGUAACCAACUUUUCUUGAUUAACUUCAUUAUGGGAAGUUACUUGGGUCCUGAUGUCUACUCUGAUAUUCCAAGACGCUCGGCAUUUCAAAGACUGGCUCAAUGUUUGCCACCAUACACUGCAAACAAUCUUGGCAGUUCAUUUGUCAGCUUUUCUCAACUGGAAAACUUAUAUUACUAUGUUCUGAGGAAGGCUCAUCCUAAUCUGGUUUUGAAACCGAACGUGUUCCACACUUAUCUAAAUGGCAAUCUGCCUUUACCAAGCUCAGGGGUUCCAAAGGACUGUAAGCAGUUUACAAGUUUUUUCCCUCCGAAUCUUCAUGUACUUAAACGACACUCAGAUAGCUAUGGCAUUGUGAAGGGGAUUGUUCUUAUUGGUGAACCGCUGACUUCAUACAUGGAGAAGGAUGAUUUAGAAAGAUUCUUAUACUUAUCGGGUAUGGAUAAUUUGAAGAUUGAUGUUAACAAUCUUCAAAAUUAUCGAUGCAAUUUCAGGAAAAGUGGUGAAGAAUUUGAGCAAAGUUGCACAGCACAUGAUGGGGAGGAAAUUGCAGCAACUAUUUCUAAUGGAAACAGUAAAGCAUCUGAAGAAUUUCUGGAAACCUAUAAAAGAAGGCGUCGCUGCGACCUGCUUCCGACACCAGCAUCUCAUUGUCUUGUUCCCUUCUCAAAAUAUGAGACCGAAAUGGGAGGCAAAUCAGAUGGACAUGUCUUGAUGCCCCUGACAACAAUUUCUCAUUUGGAAGAGCAUACUCCAUUCCAAUCCAUUACUUUCACUGGGACAGCGGAAAAUGGGAUUGCUGGGCCGCCAUUUGGUGCUCUUGAAAUAGGGGUUAGCAAAGCUUCAUAUUUCUUUCGCAUUGCUCUUCCUGGGUCCCGAAAGGAUUUUGGUCAGCUUAACUGUGAGAUUGAAUCCAAUGGUAAAGUACGCAUUGAAGGCGCGGCAACCACUGGUGGAAGGAGUAAUAUUUCAUAUUCAAGGGUUUUUGAGAUGAACUUGCAGCAGUUUUCCAUGCCUGUAUCAUUUGCACUUACUUUCCAUCUUCCAGGACCUGUUGAUCCACGGCUAUUUUCUCCCAACUUGAGAUGCGAUGGCAUUUUCGAGGGGGUUGUUGUAAAACACCUGUGUUCAACUUCUUAAACAGUAACAUAUGUAUAUUAAUCCACUUAAACUGAACUGCAUGCAGCUACUGCUUUGGUGAUUUCUGUAUAGGUCUGGCUCCUCCAUGAUGGUUACAUUUUGGUGAAGUAAAUUCUCUUUUUGUAGACUCCAAUAGGGGAACCUUCUUUGGCAGAUUAUAUGGAAUCCUAUUGAAACUUACAAAUAA